AAAUCAAAUCCAUAAAAAUCAACUCCUCUACAGAUUUUCAAAUUUGAAACAAUUGUCGACUAAUAAAAUCCAUAAAAAUCAGGAAUAAAAUCUGCAAAGUAAAAUACUUUUAUGCAUUUAAUAAAAUUAUUGUGCUUCAUUACUCUCUGCAUAUUUAUGUUAACCCAUUAAAUUGCACAUAAUCUUCUACUGCUUUGCCCUCAAUUUUGAGUUUCUUAUCUGCUCUGCUCUACCGAUUUGCAAAAGGUUAGUAAAACAGUCUUUUCAAUUUUUUUUCUCUUAACAUCAAACUGCACAUCUAUUUCUGUAAUUUCAAUCAUUAUUUUUCUCUUUUUUUCCUGUCUUUGGGUUUAGAAUGUAUUUUGUUUCUUUGCAUUUGUUUCUUGAACAUAUGUUUACAUCAGUUAAUUGACUUUCAUUCUUGCUAUGUUUGCACCAAAUGAAGGAACGAUUUUAAAAGAAGUUAUUUUUUAUUAUAUGCUUACACAAUAUGUUUUAAUAAUUUGAUUCUACAUUUCUAAUAAACCCCUGCAUUGCUUUCACUGUUUCACAUGACAAUUGGUAUCUACUGUAAUGCUAUAAGAAAACCAUGAUAACUAUGCAUCUUUAUGUGUGGAUAAACGAAAUGGUGUUUUUUACUUGAACAUUUCCAUGGUAACUUUUAUUCAACAAUAGAUUGUAUAACAGGAGUAUAUUUAAUUUUUGUCUUUUUUUUAUAAACUGUAUAACCAUACUAAAAGAGUAUGGUUAUUCAGCAACAAAUUGUAUAACAAAACUACAAGAGUAUGGUUAUAGAUUUUACUUGAUCUGUAUAUUCAUUAUUUUGAUUUUAAUUUCAUUACUUUAUUUACUGCAUUUUGAUUUCAUGUCAUUUUACAUUAGGUUAUGGGCUUGGUUGUUCUUUGAUAAUUAGGUCAACUUAUUUUACAUUGCUUUUUCGAUCUGUGUCAUGUUAUAUAUGUUGUUUUUUCUUUGCAAAUCGAUGACACAGCCAAAUGUUACUUUGAUUUCGGAUUUGGAUAUACUUAAAGAUGUUUUGACUAUCAAAGUUAGAGUGAUAAACCUAUAGAACCUUUUUUAUUCGAUAACAAGGAUGAACUUUUCUCGAUUGAAUUAAUCUUAAUAGAUGAACAACUAUUUUACAACUUAACAUUAUAUUUUCAUUACACAUUCAAAAUUCUAUAUGAUUUGAUUAUAAUUUUAUAUAUUAUACUUCAUUUAGGGUACCAAGAUCUAAGCAAAUGGAUUAAGAAAAAAUAUCUAUCAAUUUAAAAACAUUCUAAAAGAUGGCCUCACAUUUUACAUAAAAUGUCCAAGCUUUGCAUCUCAAAGAAUGGGUGGUUUUACUUUAACUCGACAUGAUCAUAAACUUACUUUUUGUCCAUAACACUGUUCUUACAGAGUGUAAUGACUUUUCUGGACCUACAUUUGGUUUUGAAUUUUUUAUUACCAGUCUAUUAUCUCAUUGGCCCAUCCUGAAAACACCGUUAUCAAUAUUAUUGGAUUGGUCGUUGCAAUUGGUGAGAUAGGGCGAGACAAUGAUGAUAUGAAAAAACACAGACUUAACAUCCAAAUCCAAGAUGCAAUUGGUUUGCAACUAAGUGUUAAUUUGUGGGGUGAUUUUUCUUAAAAAAUGCAAGGGUUUAUUGAUAACAAUCCACACAAUCUUUGUAUCAUUGUUAUCCUUCAAUUUGCGAAACUUUGUAUUUGGAGAGAUCGUCCCACAGUUAACACUCACUUUUCGGUGUCAAAGAUGUUCAUUAACACGGACAUUGAUGAAAUCAAUGUUUUUAAGAAAAUUUUGGCUGGAGUUGAUCACCCUGAUUCAUCCACAAAUACAUUCACACUUAUGAAGUCUAAUAAAGUUUCUGAACAUGAUGAUUUCAUGGUUAAGUUUCAGCUGAACACAGUUGUUGAUGUUUCUGAACCCGUGGAGGUAGGUAAUUCACAAUCAUUUGAUAUUGGUGAAGCUGAUUCUGAAUCACAAGAUAAUAAGAUUUUGAAGGAUGCAAUUUCUGGGACAGGCGACAACAUAACACCUUCCACAAUUGAUAAAAACUCAGCAACAAGUCCCAUGAAGGGUUUGAAUACACCAACUGUUUUGAAGAGAAAUAUGUAAGAAGUGUUUGAUUUGGAGUUAAAUGAAAAGUUAUCAUUAUCAAAAACUCCUAAAAUAUCACCAGAAGGACGCAUUAAUAAGAUUGUGAAGGUAAAGUUGGAAAAAAGUGGCUGACCUUUUAUUUUAAGUUUAAGUUUCGUUAGGAUUUUUAUGAUUUUUAAACAAUGAUUAUGCAUUUUAUUUUUCAUUAAGUACUUUAACGUUUUGUUUUAGAAUUUUCAAACAUUUGCUGGGGAUGAUUGUUUUUUUAAUAGUAUGUUUAACCUAUAUUCAUAAUAUAUUAUUAUGAAUGUGAAUUUAUGAUUUAGAAAUAA